CUCUCUCACACACACACACUGUCUGGCACUGUCUUACACACACACCCCAAGAGUGGGGCAGCGGUCGGCCAGACCCCGGGAGGAGGGCUUGAGGGGGAGCAGAGCCGGAUCUGGGCUCCCGUGUCCGGGCGGCGCUUUUCGUCCUUUUUACCCGAUUCCCGGCGCCGCGAUGACCGACACCAUCCAACCCGCGGGCCGCAGCGACAGCUACUUCCGAAAGGGCUGUAAUCCGUGCGCUCAGACUGGACGCAGCAAACUCCAGAGUAAACGAGUGACUCUGAACCAGCAAAUCAUCAAAGCCGUGAGGCUGCGAGCGGGUGCCGAGAACCUGCUGCGAGCAACGGACAACGCCAAGGUGCGGGACCUGGCGCUGGUGGAGCUGAGCUACGUCAACUCUGACCUGCAGCUGCUGAAGGAGGAGCUGGAGGGGCUGAACAGCUCCGUUGAAGUUUAUCAGAACCAGGAGGAGAUGCUGACAAUCCCAUUCAUCCCAUUGGGCCUGAAGGAGACUCGGGAGGUGGAUUUCAUGACCCCUUUCAAAGAUUUUAUUCAGGAACAUUACAGUGAGGAGCCAUCUGCAUAUGAAGACAGUAUCCUGGAUGUGAUGGACCUGCGGCAGGCUACCCGCACCCCGAGCAGGGAUGAGGCUGGGGUGCAGCUGCUCAUCUCCUAUUACAAUCAGCUCAACUUACUGGAGAACCGGCUCUUCCCCCCCAGCCGUCACCUGGGCAUCUUCUUCACCUGGUAUGACUGUUUCACUGGCGUGCCCGUGUGCCAGCAGCACGUGGGGCUGGAGAAGGCCAGCAUAUUGUUUAACAUUGCAGCACUGCACACACAACUCGGUGCCCGCAGUGACCGGAGCUCCAUGUCAGGCCUGGACACUGCCAUCCUCGCCUUCCAGCGCGCCGCAGGCGUGCUGAACCACCUGAGGGAGGUGUUCACACAUACGCCGAGCUUUGACUUGAGCCCGGCCAUGCUGCAUAUGCUGUCCCUCCUGCUGUUGGCUCAGGCACAGGAGUGUGGCUUCCAGCGGCAGGUCCUGCCCGGUGUCCCCAAUCAAGUCCCCAGUCUCCUGUUCACAGCACAGGGGGCAGCCAAGGUUGCUGAUGUGUACUCUGUGGUCCUGGUGUCGGUGUCACAACCACCGGUGAGGGAGCACACGCCGCCGGCCUGGCUCUCACUGCUGCACCUCAAACACGAGCAUUACCGGGCCCUCGGCCAUUACUUCCUCGCCCUCGCCCUGCUCGACCACGAGUUGAGCCCUGGUGACGAGGUUGAGGCUGUGGCUCGGGCUGUGGUGAAGUUGCCGGACGAACCACUUGUUAUAAGCGACCAAGAGCAUCGCCAUCGGCUUGGAGAAGCUCACCUGCGGAGGGCGAUUGCUGGGCAGGAGGAGGCUCUGUGGCACGCGGGCCGCUGCCCCAAGCCGGAGAUUGUGCUGGAGAUUCUCCGUGUCGCUCACACCCGCUCGCUUGGAAAAUACACCCAACACCACCACGAGGAUGACUUCGACAUGACCCCAGCCCCCGAAAUCGUCGGUGACGCUGACCAGACGGUGCAAGCCAUCACUCCCCAGUUCUCCAGUAUCCAAGUCACAGAUUUCUUCCACAAACUGGGACCUCUGAGUGUAUUUUCAGCCAAGCAGAAGUGGACAGCUCCUCGGAGAGUACACCUGCGGCAGGAGGCCGGGGACCUGGGCUUCACCCUCCGCGGUGAGGCUCCCGUGCAGGUCACCAGUCUGGACCCUACCUGCACAGCCGCCCUGUCAGGGCUGAGGGAUGGGGAUUUCCUUGUGAGCCUGGCCGGGGGGGACUGUAAGUGGAGCGGUGUGAGCGAGGUGAUGAAGAUAUUGAAGGAAAUGCCUGAGGAAGGACUGGACAUUCAUGUGAUCAGCCCUCAGGGGCCUGAGCUGGGGCAGCCGCCCAACAAGAGUGCCACGUACAGCGGAGCGCUGCCCCACACAUACUCGCUGAGCUGCCUCGCAGCGGACACUGGCAGGGGCAGGAAGGGCAAGAAAGAGGCCAAAAAGCUCUCGUUCCUGAGCUGGGGCAUCAAGAACAGCAAGCAGAGUGCGAGCACCACCAGCCUGCCCACCGGCCCCAACUUCACCAUGCACGAAGGCAGCUCCCUAUACUGAGGGGUUCACCUCCCAUGACGGUAGCAUGUUGUGCGUCAGGCCACAUGAUGGAGACAUGUCCGUGCUGUGGACCCCCGACGCCAUCCUCAGGACAAUGGUCUGAGUCUGACCAGUCAGUGAGUGAGCGGAUUCCCUGCCUGACUCACCCCCACCCACAGAAAGACUGUUUAUGCUCGCAACACACCAAUAAUCAGAGGCAAUGUGACUGUGAAUAUUACUGAGAUUCUGUGACUUUUUUUUUAUAAAGUAACUUUGGUUCAGGGUGUGUUUGUGAGUGUGACGCAGGACGUUGGGUAACAAGGAAGGUUAUUGUACAGUUUAUUCCCGUCUCAGUUGUUAAGCGAGUCGCAGAUGAUUUGGUCACACUGAUUGACAUGUAAAUACUGAUAAGUGCCCAGGACGCCUAGUGCGGCCCCGGCUCCCGGCAGCACCAGACCAGAAACGAGGGUGUCUCAAACGGCUCCUGUUGGUAAAUGAAGGUGUGUAAAAAUAUGAAGCUUGUGUAUGUAUGUCAUCAAGGAAAUGAGAUUGAAAUAAAGUGAAAAUGACUUUGCCAAGGCUGAACUUUACCCCAA